AUGGAAGAGAAUAUCAGCUGCAUGGAGGAAGAAUGUCUGAUCGAGAAGAGGAGGGCCACUAUUCUAAAAGAAUGCAAGGAAAUACUGCAGGAAGAAGGAUCUGGACGCUACAGCAAGGAUGCCUUUAGAAGACUCUUCCAAGGUCAGGUACUUCUUGGGAAAUUAUUUACACUGUUUGAUCAAGAUCGUGAUGAGUUACUGAAGCAGGAAGAAUGGAUCGAAUUCCUCAAAGGGAGGCUAACAAACGAGAAGCAAAAUCAUUUUGUCGAUCAGAUCGAAAGUGUGGCAUAUGUCCUAUGCGGGGAGAAUCCAGUAAACCUCCUCAAUUUUCAGCAGAUUUUUUAUACCAAAGGGAUCGUGGAUAAACUGUUCCGUUUAAUCGAUCAAGAAAACUCAGGGUACGUAACGUCAGCCCAAAUCAUGGAGUUUAUAUCUGGCGUGAGUAAUACCAGACCACGUGCUGGCUUCGAUAAAGGAAAUCUCGAAUGGCUCGAAAAGAUAUUUAAGCAGACCGUUGGAAAUGAGAGGGAAAUACGACGCGAAGAAUUCAACACAAUUGUCACUUCAAAGAAUCCAUUCUUCACCGAAAGAGUCUUUCAAAUAUUUGACAAGGAUAAUUCUAGCACGAUAUCGCUUCAAGAAUUUUUGGAUGCUAUGCAUCAAUUUGCUGGAAAGUCUCCCGACGAUAAGAUUAGGUUCCUCUUCAAAGUUUAUGAUAUUGAUGGCGAUGGAUUGAUACAACUUCGCGAACUGGAACAUGUGAUGAGAGCUUGUAUGGAAGAAAAUGGAAUGAAGUUCAGCGACGAACAAAUUGAAGAUUUAACAAUUGCACUCUUUGAGGAUGCUGAUCAGGAUAACAGAGGAGCGAUCACCUUUGAAGCUUUAAAAAGGCAGUUAGAGAAACAUGACGGUCUGUUGGAAAACCUUUCAAUCAGCAUAGAUCGAUGGCUUGUACCACCGCAACCGAAACCAAAACGAAGAUCCAUUUUGAGAAUGUUUUCGUCCCUUUGCCCGUACCAACUCACAAAACCAUAUAUGAAGAAUAAUUACGUUUACAUCGCUUUUAUUUUAAUAUUUGUUCUUAUUAACGUGGCUUUAUUUGUCUCUCGUCUUUAUGAGUAUCGAAAUUAUAACGGCUACCUGAUGAUUGCACGUGCAUGUGGACAAUGUUUGAACUUUGAUUGCACAUUUAUUCUGAUCCUGAUGUUGCGCCAGUGCAUCACGUUUCUACGAACGCACGGCUUUAACUCUGUAUUGCCUCUAGAUCACCACAUAUAUCUCCAUAAAAUGACAGGGAUAUUGAUUGGAAUCUUUAGCAUUGUACACACUCUGAUGCAUCUUAUUUAUUGCGAUACGGUGAUUAUAAAAGAUGAGAAAAUAAAUAGUGGAAACUACACGAUGUCCGAAUGGUUGUUGACAAGUCGGCCUGGAUAUUUUGGUUUGGUGGCAGGCAGUGCGUAUCCAACUGGUGUAGUUCUGAUUAUUAUACUUGUCAUUAUGACCGUUUGUUCUAUGGCAUUUGUACGGCGCGGAGGUUGUUUUGAGAUAUUUUAUUGGUCUCAUCUGCUGUAUAUACCGUUCUGGAUUUUAAUAAUCUUUCAUGGCCCAAAUUUUUGGAAAUGGUUUGUCGUUCCUGGCGUGAUAUACUUGGUGGAAAAAUUUCGUCAAUUGAUAUGGUUACGUUCGCAGCGUGGCAAGACGUACAUAAGUUCCGGUCUCCUGUUACCUUCGAAGGUGACUCACUUGGUCAUAAAGAGACCACCUCAUUUCCACUUUUAUCCCGGCGAUUAUAUAUUCGUUAAUAUUCCGGUGAUAGCAAGAUAUGAAUGGCAUCCUUUUACCAUUAGCAGUGCUCCGGAACAGGAAGAUUACAUGUGGCUGCACAUUCGUGCAGUCGGUGAAUGGACCAACAGUCUUUAUUCAUACUUUGAAAAAAAGCAAAUAAAACUGCAUUGCGGCGAUAUCUCACUUGUUGAAAACUGCGAUAAUUCGAAUUCUCCUCGAAAGAAAUCAUUUCUCAGUGGCAAGAAACCGCCACUUAUUACGAGACAGAAAGCUUCAACAGAAUCGAUAGCUCAUGGUCUUGAUAAUCCUACGUUUGUAUCUGAUGUGGCGAAUACCAUAUUGCAUACACCUAUUAGUAACCAAUCUGUAUAUUUGAAAACUCCAGAAAAUGCAUUGGAAUUAAAUAAGGGAUGGACGGAUACGUCUGCUAGAAGAGAUAGGAGACUCCAUCGAUUGCUUCUUGGUAGCAAAAUGCCGCUUGAAAAAUCACACUCAAUGCCCGAUAUACAAACAAAAAAUAAGAAAAAAGAACGACUUAGAGCUCUUCGUGAUUACACGAGAUCAGAGUCGGAGAGAAGUUUCGAUGAAUGCCAGAUGAAACGUGCGCGGUUGAAAUCAUUGGGCUUAGCUUAUUUGAGUCCGCAGAAUAAAUCAUUGGCUCAAAGUUUUCGGUACAUGCGGACGAAACCGACGAUCAUCGCUUUUAAAACACCCAGUCUCGAAACGUGUGAUUACGAAUUCGAUACAUCGACCACUGUAUCAAAUGUAAAUACGAGCGAAAAUGAAAUUUCCACGCCUACUACACCUGCAGUGGCUAUGCAGAUUGCGGCGGAAGAAGGAAGAUUGAGGAAAGUUUUUAACGAAGCUACGAAUAGUUCAGAGAAUCUAGACUUGAAAACCGAAAGUUCUUCUCACACACCCAUAAAUUACCCCAUAGGAAAGCCAUUGGAGAUCUUUUUAGAUGGUCCUUAUGGCACACCGUCGAGCCACAUCUUUCGCGCGCAACAUGCUGUUUUAAUUGGCACAGGAAUUGGAGUUACACCCUUCGCCUCUAUAUUACAAUCAAUUAUGCAUCGAUACUGGAAAGCGAGGCAUACUUGUCCAAAGUGUUCCUUCUCCUGGGCCAGUGAAAUUCCACCCACUGUAAUGAAUUUACGAAAGGUGGACUUCUUUUGGAUCAAUCGUGAUCAACGUUCGUUUGAAUGGUUUGUUAACUUGCUGUCGCAACUUGAAAUGGAACAGGCCGAAUUAGGUAUCACCAUGGAACGCUUUCUGGAGAUGCAUAUGUACAUCACAAGCGCGUUACAAAAGAACGAUAUGAAAGCGGUCGGUUUGCAAUUAGCGCUGGAACUCCUGCACGAGAAGGAGAAACGAGACCUUAUCACAGGUUUAAAAACCAGAACAAACGCUGGUCGUCCCAAUUGGGAUAAGGUUUUCAAGCAGCUGCAGGAUAAGAAGAAAGGAAAAAUUACAGUUUUUUACUGCGGCCCGCCACAGCUCGCUAGAAUUCUUCGAUACAAAUGCGAUCAGUUUGGAUUUUGCUUUAGAAAGGAAUCUUUCUGAUAUCUCAAAGGAAAAGCUGUCUCGUGCAAAAUCCAAAUAGUUAUCAAAAUGAAUAGAAAAUGUAUCUGUCGUUCUGUCAUGAUUUAAUAAAAUUCUUUGUUAUUCUCUUUUACAUCUUCAAAAAGGAAAAUUGCCGAUAUCUUCUGUUUAUAUAAUUUUCUCGGAUUAUUAUAAAUUUUAGAUCAAGAAUUAUAUUAAAUUAUAUGGAUAAUGUUAAAUAUUUUUUAUUAAAGUCACUUACACAUAAAUUUCUAAGUCGAGAUUAGUUGC